UUCUAAAUAAUUCUCCUCAAAAAGCCCUAAUUUCACAGUUUUUGUUCCCUUCUCUUUAUCCCAAUCCUCUCUCUUUCUGCUGCUAAGUCUAUCUCUCCACUCUGAAACCAGAUAUCCUCGUAUUCAUCAUCAUUUGCUGCAACGCCUCUCAGACUUCAUGGUUCAAGUUUUUCUUUUCUGGGUUCACUACUUUGGAGCAAAUGUGAAUUCAGUGGGAAAUGUUAGUGUGCAUUUGGUGUAGAUGAUGGCAUUCGCAACAAACCACUUGAAGUAUAGGAGGUUCACUUUUCCUUGAACAGAAAUCAAAGUUACUUAAAAUAUCAGCUUUCAAAGGCAGCAGUCUAAAUGAUGAUUCUGGCGGCAGAGCUAAUGGCUCAAAAUCCCCAAAGAAUGCGGUUAAAGUUUAUUAUUUGCAAAAUAAGAGUGAAGAGUCCUCAGUGGAAUCUUCUAAGGUACAGAAUGUUGUUCCUGCUCCUUACACAGCAGAAGAUGAGACUACAACCAGGUCUCUAGCUAUACAGAAUUUAUUUAAAAACUGGUUGACGUUAUUAUGUACACCAACACAAACGCACACAAUGGAGGAAGUUCUUGAAGAACCUUCUUCUGCGGAAACAUCAGAAAUGCCAAACACUUUACAAAAGCAAGAAAGAGGUGAAGUUUUGAAGGCAGUUUGGUGCUUCAUUUGGGGUUUGGAUGCAUCAAUAAAGAUACCAUUGUUACUGUUCACCCCUCUGUACCUCGCAGUGAACCUCGUAUAUGGGUCAAAAGUAUCUAAAGAACUGACUCCCCUUUGGAUUCUUGGGCCAUUAGUGAUUGCUCUUUACAUAAAGAUUUUUCGAGCAAUAUGUGUGCUCUAUGCAUUCAGCUUCAAGCAGACCAUCAAAAUAGCGAAGAGUCUUCCUGCCUACCACUUGCUGUUGCAUGAUUACAUUUUCCAUGGGAAGCUAAAAGAAGCCAUGAAGAAGCACAUAUUGCAACCUGUGGAAGAUAUAAAAAGCAUGGACUACAUUUUGGUGAUAAAGGAUCUGCAACGGUGGUUGGUCGAGAGAUACCUUGACUUUAUCGAAUUAAUAUGGCCGUUCUACUGCCGAACACUAAGGUUUCUGAAGAGGGCAAAUCUAAUAUAGCGCCAUGCCAUCUCUACUGACGAAGG